CUCCUUCCCAUCACAAGUUGCUCUGUCAAUGGAACCUCUCUUUGGACAGGCGAAGGUCCCUCCCUCGCAGGCAUGGGGUGGCCUGGGUCAAGGUAGACUAGUGUCAGCUUACCCCAUAUCUCGAAUUCUAUGCCCUCUGUAUUGUACGACCGGGGGAGUUGUCUACCAAUGCACCCAACAACACCCGCUUUCAAACGGCGUCAAAUCCCAUCAGGAGGGAUCUUACGGCGAGCUCUUACUUAGCUGAAAUGCUGCACUAGUCCAAUACUGUCCUCGCAGUCCUGCUGUCAUACGAUCGAUGGGUCCUUGGGAGGUAGAAAAGACAUGGAGAACUCCGCGGAGCUCUAUAUAGGAGCGACUACCUACGCAACAGCGAUGACAUACCAUAGAAUGGAUAGGACUAUUGGUGACCAGGCGGAGACAUUGGGUCAAUGCUGAGAAUACGAUGUUGCAUGACCUCAUGAUGGAGUAACCCUGUUUUGCGAACCAUCUGAUUAAACGAGCUGCUGUCUGCUAUAGCAACAGAAGGUAUUUAAGAUUGAGCUUUAACCCUGAUAGCACUCUAUGUGGCAGCUUUAGUAUUCGAUUCAACCACGAUCUUACACCAUGGCCGGUAGGACAGCCCUGAGACACGUCUUCAAGACAACUGCUACGACUACACUCAGAUAUUACACCAAAGAGGCCCGUAUGACUACUUGCCUUGGGAAGAGUCAAGCUUGGAAUAAGCUCAGUAAUAACGCAACAACGUUUCUAGGACCCCCCAAAUUCCCCUUUGCUCGACCUCACGGAUACGAGCCACCGGUCGAAUACGCACGACUUCGCGCGACGAAUCCCGUUUCUCGCGUCGAAUUAUGGGACGGAAGUCAUCCAUGGCUUGUCGUGAAGCACGACGAUGUCUGCAAUGUAUUGUCUGACAACAGGCUGUCAAAGGUCUUCGGGAAUACCUCCACGAGUGAGACUUUCCGCUGAAUCGUUCGUGCUGAUUCAAACAGGAACGCCAACGACCGGGCUUCCCCGAGAUGAGUGCUGGGGGAAGGGCAGCUGCGAAGAACCGGCCGACGUUUGUGGACAUGGAUCCACCAGCUCAUAUGCGGCAGAGGUACGGAGUAAGACACGGAAGAAAGACAGACAUCAUCCUGCAUCAUGAGGGUCAUGGCUCAUUCAUUAUAGGAGUAUGGCAACGCCCUUUUUCACCAUCGAGCAUAUCGAGGCUAUGCGUCCCGAGAUCCAGAGGGUUGUCGACUUCUUCCUUGACAAAAUGGUUAAAGACGGGUGUACAAAGCCCGUGGAUCUUGUGGAGAAGUUCUCUCUGCCCAUUCCUUCUUAUAUCAUCUUUAAAAUGCUCGGAGUCCCAUUCGCGGACUUUGAGAAACUGACUACGAUCAACGCCGUUCGUACCAAUGGAAGCUCGACUGCGGCCGAGGCUGCGAAUGCCAAUAAGCAAUUGCUCGAAUACCUUGAAGGUCUCGUCGACAAGAAAAUUGCCGACCCAUCAAGCGACAUAAUCAGCUCCCUCGUAACCAAGCAGUUGGAACCGGGCCAUAUAGACAAGCUGGAUGCCGUGCAGAUUGCGUUCCUACUGCUGGUGGCCGGCAACGCAACCAUGGUCAACAUGAUCAACCUGGGUGUUGUCACUCUCCUCGAGCACCCUGACCAGUUAGCCGAUCUGAGAGAUGAUCCAUCCCUCGCCAAACCGUUCGUAGAAGAACUGUGUCGAUUCCAUGUUGGCUCGGCAUAUGCGACACGCCGAGUCGCCAAGGUUGAUAUUGAACUGCACGGCCAGAAAAUCAAAGCCGGGGAAGGUAUAAUUGCAUCAACCCAAUCCGCAAACCGAGACGAGGAAGUAUUCCCCGACCCGGACAAGUUCGAUAUUCACCGCGAACGAGGAUCAGAGGAGGCGCUGGGCUUUGGAUACGGCGAGCAUCGCUGUAUUGGGGAAUGGCUCUCUCGUGCUGAGCUGGAGAUUGUUUUCUCAACUCUGUUCCAGAGACUUCCGAACCUGAGACUAGGCAUUCCUCGCUCGGAAAUUAAAUGGACGCCUCCGACGAAGGAUGUAGGGAUUGAGGAGCUUCCUGUCGUCUGGUGAAACGCAUGAUGAUGGUUGUUGCUAUUUGGAAAAGGAUCCAUGACUCCAUCAAAGCUAUCAUAAAACAAACACAACCCAGCUCUACCUAGGUAAUAUACUUGAAAUUCU